AUGGAUUCAGACGCUGGCCCAAAACUGGGCGUGAAGCCCACCUUUGCUCGCAUGGAUUCGCACCAGGACGAGCUGGUAUAUCAAAACUUCAAGUGCGCACCAAUAGCUCCAACGCUCGCUCACACACCAGAACAUCUCCAUCUUCUUGCGCUUCCCCGCGAAAUCAGGGACCAUAUCUACUCUUACCUUCACCAACCACACCAAUUAAGGUGGGAGCUUAACGAGCAUGAUAUUCACUGCGUAGCCGUGCAAGUACCCAAGGCGCCGAUUGCGGCUGUGCUUCGAACAUGCACCCGUUUGCACGAGGAGUAUCGAGAAUCGCGUCUGCUGCGUACCCUAGCUGCAACGAUAUCGACGACACGAGCAACAAACCAUGAGACUGCCGCUCUGACCGAUCUGCAGUGCCACGCCGUUGAAGGGUCAGUGAUCAUGCAUGCAGCGCCAGCACUGAUCGAGCAUGUCGCAACGCUACUUGCGUCCAUCAGAGACCUGACGAUCUUGGCCAACAACAAGCGAUCUAUGACCGAAGACUCAACGAUAUGGAGCGAACUGCAAACACUCGAAGCCAUUCUGUCGCCUUUCCAUCAAACACUAUCCACAAUCCGGAUCGGGAUCCAUCAGUGGCAGGAUCCGCACCCACUUCAGAUGAACUCAAGGCGCGAAACGAAAAAGUACACCGACUCAAGCCUGAACACCUCGUCUUUCAUGCCGACUCCAAAUGCCACGUUCAUGGGCAAACCCCUUGCUCAGCAAGCUGCUGGUUACCGCCUGCAACUUGUGCUUCUCCAGCUCCAUCCUUGGGACCAAAAAGACCUACUGGAGCGAUUCCAUCGCCAUAAGACCGGCGUGUAUGUGUACAGCAACGAAUCCCCUCUCGCGCUUUUCAAGGACGGUCUUUAUUGGAAGGAGGCGGAGGUUGUGUCAUGUUUCCCAAUGGAUUGCAGUUGGUUCAACAUGCAACGUUCCAUGAACCUCAAUUUGAGAGAUGGGUUCGACGCGUACGGCGUUACGGAUGCGUGGAUCCAGUCCGAGUAUAGCCUCAUGGCGCGCAGGAUGAUGGAGUGGAGGGAGAAGAGCGGGACGAAUGUCGCUGACUGGGAGGCGUAA